AAGCCAGGCACGCGCACGAACACAGACAACUGCUGAGAAGCAAAACAAACCCUGCCGUAGGUUUGACAGAACUAUUCGAGAAUAACAACAACUUCUCAAGGGGAAGAUGCCACGAACGUACAAACGGGCGGAAAAUGCCCGAGGCUAUCAAAAGUACGGCGAAGCGGCACUGCAGAAAUGUCUGAAGGCAAUCCAGAACGGGAUGACCCACCGGAAGGCGUCGGAGAUGUAUGGCAUCCCGCGAACCACAAUCACCAACCGACUUCAGGGGAAAACCGGUGAAAAGGUCGGUGGACGGCGUGCGUUUACCGACGAGGAGGAACAGCUGUUUGUGGACUGUCUGGUCGUGAUGCGAGAUUCGGGACUGGCGGUCAACGAACACGAUCUGCGCUUCGUGGUGAAAAGUUACCUCACGGAGGUGGGCAAAACGGUGCCCCGGUUUGCGGACAAUAAGCCGGGGCCGGAUUGGACCAAGUUGUUUCUCGGGCGGCACCCGGAGCUGGCCUUUUUGGAAACAAACAGGAAAGGCAAGGGAAACAUCCCGGAGGAAACGCUGAGCGCCUGUGUCAGAGAGCUGAUCGAGUCGGCGGAUAUUCCAGGGGUGGAGAUUGCGAUUUCCGACGUGCCGGAAAUUAUGCAGCACUUUUUGGACGUUUAGAUUUUUUUGCGUUUAAGAUAUUGUCUUAAUUUUGGUGUAAUUUAAGUUAUUGACAAGUGAAGAGUGAUUUUAUUAAUAAAAAUGUAAAUAAUGAAAACCA